UCUCACUGAUUGCCGUACUCCGUACUUGUUACUCCUUACUUCGCACCCCCUACGACUGGUGUCGCCCUUCGCCACCUGUUCCUCUCGCUCCUCUCGCUCCUUUACGCUUAGCGACGCUACGAGUGCAUGCCUACAAUAGGAUAACCCGAAGACACGGCCACGCCCUAGCAGAUCGAAUUCAGAUCUCAGACAACACCCGCAUUGAUCGUCGUGAAACAGCCACACUGCCUCAGCACCGGAUUCCCCCCCUUUGCCAUUUGCCCAGUCCUGCCAGCGGCCGCAUCCUUCCCGCGUAACUUCGACCACCAGCCACGAGUCUCAGCGUGACGCCUGUCCCACCUGCGACGCAUCUCCUUGAGCAUGAAACACACCCGAAAACUUCAUCUCGACGACUGAGAUUUGGAAAAACCAUAUAUACUCUAGACAUCCCCGGACCUGGACGGCACGAGCUCGUCGCGAUUGCAUCAGGAUUUCCCACCGAGCACCCACAAGUGCGACGGACCAUCCAACCAUCGGUGGACCAUGACGGACACUUGCUAAUCCUUGAAACCUCCCCAAUCGAUGUCCGUCAACCCACAGCAAAAAUCCUGCCAGCCACCCCUGGAGUUCACCAACUUUCCCACUCUUUUGUGGCGGUCGCAGCAUCGGUGCUACAGUUCUCCGGCAAGGCCUCCCCUGGUCGGACUCCUGACAGCCAGUCAAUUCAGAUGGAGGAGCCCCUAACUCGGCCAGUUCUACCCCAUGUAUGGCAUAGUCUCUUUGCUGGAGCCCUGCCACCGUCAUGUCCACCCUCCACUCCACCAAUCGCCCCAACACCCUUACCAGGGGCUGGACCAAAGGCACCAUUGGAACGUAUCCCAGUUGUUUGCGAUCAAGCUUCGACGCUCAAGUUGGCGGACCUUGGAAUUGUCGAGCUCGACUGUGAGUAUCGCCUCUGGCAUGCACCGACACUCGUUUCUUCAGACCCAGCACAUCGUCGACAUGCAGGAAUAACAUUGUCGGAACCAAAACAACGCAUUAUCAACACCUCUCGUUCCUCGGAAAUUAGCUUCGCCCCGCUAACUGCACAACUUCUCGAGACCUAUUCACGAAACGCCCACAAUUGCUACCACAUCAAUGAUUUCUCUUUGAAGUCAGUGCAAGGCUCAGACCUUGAAAUUCGCUCGCUUACUGCCUUAUCGAACACACAUAAUAUCCUUAGUACAAUGUCCGCGACCGUGGUCAGUGUUCCAGGUUCACCUCCCGACCUGUCGGGCUCUCGAUCCUCAAAGUCCUCCUCUUACUCCUCAACCUUUUCGAGUCCCGAUGGCUUGGAAGCAGACAUAAUCAACUUUGAGGAGAUUGGCUUGGAAGAUGACAAACAUGCAACGCCGAGAUUUUGUCAUUCGCGCGACGUCUCAAUGCAGUCCGUGGGCUCGCAACACGAACUGAUGAAGUCAAAAGACUCUAGCCCGGGGGAGAAGAGGCCUACGCUCCCACAGCUACAGACUCAAGUCUCGGUACCAGGAUCCAGGCACGACUCGGCACCGCCACGAGUAGCUGGCUCGAGACUGUCAACGUUCAAACGUGGGUUCACUAGCCCAGAGACAUUUUAUACCAGCAUGCGAGCCCGAUCGUCCUCCCCGCCAGAACGAAGAAAUCCUGCAUCCUUCUCGACUCCCUCACUCAGUGCGGGCGGCCUUCUUCCUAUCCCUCAAUCACCGGCAAACAGUCUGGGACUGCAAACCAGGCGUGCCUCGUGGCAGCCCCACAGAAAAACUGUCAAAGAAUUGGAGGCAGAAUACCAUGAUUCUGACGAUGACCUCCCCGAGGAUGCGAGUUUGUGGAACGUCCCUCUCUCCCCUAGUGCUGCUGGUCAAAGGUCGCACCGUUCCAGCUUUCGCGGAAGCCCAGAAAGGGAUCAGCCAGCUCCAAGCCCGCGCCCUAUACCCCUAGAGCAUGCCAGAACAGCUCCGGAAGUACCUCCGCGGCCAGGACGCCACCCCCCAAGCCUUCCAAAGAACAGAGUUCCUCCAAGGUCGGUCUCACUCACACCCACAACGUCCAAUCCGUCGUCCCCUCGUAAAACUGGUCACGUUCUUAAUGGUAGGACAAAAUCGUGGAACAUUGCCAUGGCCGACUUGAGCGAGGAAGCAAGAAUCAUUUCAGAGGCGUUGGAGUAUCACGCUGAGGCGAAGGAACAAGACCGGCUUGAAAGGGUCCGAGGUGGAUCGUCACGGGGCAGCCCUGAAACCUCAAUGGAUCGUGGUUCCAGAUCCUCAUCCAUUCAACUCCCCCCAAUUCAAAAGAGUGCGCUGGAUUUCAUGCCGAUUUCCAAGGAAAAAGAGGCCAUCCUAUCACGGACAAGGCCGUCCUGGUUACCACCAAAAGACCCGAAGGAGGAGAGACGGCAUCUGAGGGAAUACCAACGGAUGAUGGCGGCAUCAAUUGAAGCCGAAAAGAAGCGUCGCACAAAGCUGCAGGUUCAGCAAUGCGAAAAAGAUGACACCAGAGAGUCCUUGAAUCGGAUAUGGCAUUAUUAUAUUGACGAGACUACGGAUAUCACCACCAUCGACAAACGAGUCAAUGACCUUUGCUGGCGCGGAGUAAGUCCAAAUCUUCGAGGGAAAGUUUGGCAACGAGCCGUGGGAAAUUCUCUGGGCAUUACUGUCCAGAGCUACGAAAAAGCUUUACAACGAGCAAAGGAGAUCAAAAAGCGAACUGGGGGUCAACUUGAUCGAGACGAGAAGAGCAUGGAAAGAUGGUUUGUUGACAUCGAACGAGACGCCGAGACGGCCUUUCCUGAGCUCAACCUGUUCCAAAGGCACGGACCACUCUGGCAGGAUCUGAUAGACGUUUGCGAAGCGUACGCGUGUUACCGGAGUGACGUGGGCUACAUCUACGGGAUCCAGCUUAUUGCCGCAUUGCUGCUAUUACAACUUUCGACCCCAGCAGACGCCUUUACUCUUCUGGCCAAUUGUCUCAACCGGGCUGUGCCGUUGGCAUUCCAAACCGAUGAUACAACUACUACAAAUCGCACUUAUAAUCACGCUGUGUCGACUUUGGGAAUCAAAUUCCCCCGUCUGUAUGAAUAUCUUUUUGGGUCCGUCGAACAAGGAGGCCUUGGCUUCCGUGGAGAGGAAGUUUUCGAACCGAUGCUACGGACAAUCUUUUCAAACGGACUGGAUGUCGACCGCCUUUGUCGGAUCUGGGAUAUAUGGAUCUUUGAGGGUGACCGGACACUGGUCAAUGCGUCAGUGGCCAUCUUGGGCAGCCUCCAACAGCAACUGUUCGACGUCCAGGGAGACACGGAUUUGAAAAGACGCAACAUUCAGGAGAUGCUGGGCUGGGGUCCCUUCAAUCGUCUACCUCAGUCUGGACACUGGAACCUCCAGUCCGUGGGUGAUGAAGACAAAUUUGUGGAAGAAGUGCGACUUGCAGGAACCCUCGACUAUACCGGCAAAUAAAUAUUAAUGACGACAUUGUACACAAGUUUGUACAGAUGAACAUUCAAUUAGCAUCUUUGACGGCAAGAGAUGCUUUGGUUCUGUGGUAUUGCUUUUAAUUAAUGACGGCCUGACCAUGACGAUUUCUCAUCAGAGGGUGGAAGAGUUGUUUUUGGACACAUUGGUAUCUUUGGAUUGAUACUGCCGUUGCUGUUGGCUCUAAUGCAUCAACAUUGCCGAGAAGAUGGUGCAGACCUUUGAUGUCGGCGCGCAUUUACAAUGCAGAGAAGCAUAUUCAUCCUCUACUUAUCAUUCAAACUGCGAUAACCAUCAUCGUUCACGCAGGGGGUUUGUCUACCACGCCCCGUCUUGAAGUGCCAUUCCUGCCACCAGACCAUUUUGCCUUGGUAACAAUUCAAAGGGAAGAGAAGCCAUUCUUCACCCCCUUGGCGAAGGAGGAACGGGCUCAUGCCCGACAGGCAGGCGAAGGAGGUGAAUAGAGUGUUGCAGCCAUGAGUCCCAAUCUAUCUCUUCUUACUUGUGGGCUAGAGUCCAUUUUAAAAGCACGUUCUGAGCU